AUGGAGCGGAACAUUGAGAUUUACGCUAACAAGCUGGGUGAUGAGAGACUGGAGGUCAGAAUUAGAGCAAAUAUUGCUACAGAAUUACGGGAUAGUAUCGAGCUCCUCUGCCAGGGUGCAAGCUACCCUGUAUUUCUGUCGAAGCUAUGGCCUGUCUUCAAGAACAUCUUGAAUGGAGACCCAGUCUUCUCAAGUGCGUUCAGUGAACAGCAAAAACUGCGAAACUGUGUUCUCGAAACCCUUCAUAGACUUCCGACAGCCUCGCCUGACGUUGAACCAUAUGCUGCGGAAAUGGUAGACCUAUUGAUGGGACUUGCCCGCACCGAGAACGAAGACAAUGCUGUUCUUUGCAUGAAGACGAUUAUGGAUCUUGAGCGGAAUCAGGCGAAGGCUACGGCAAUGAAGGUGCAACCGUUUUUGGGCCUGAUCCAGGAAAUGUUCCAGAGCAUGGAAAAGGUCGUUCACGAUACAUUCGAUACCCCGAAUCAAGCAACUCCCUCCGGAAUGCCUUCAACACCAAACACCGCGGGGCAAAACUUCCAAUCACCUCGUCCAAGCUCACCUGCGACGUCUGUGUCCGACUUGGCCCCGGAUCAGCAAACACCUCAAAUAACCACCUAUCUGAAAGGAAUGCAAUCAUUUAAGGUCUUGGCUGAGUGUCCAAUUAUUGUGGUAUCGAUCUUCCAGACGCACCGCGCUUCCGCUCCUCAAAAUGUCAAGAUCUUCGUCCCCUUGAUCAAGAACAUUCUCUUGCUACAGGCCAAACCGCAGCAGAAUGCCCACAAGGAGGCUGAAAGUCAAGGAUUAAUCUUCACAGGUGUCUCUAGGGAAAUCAAGAAUCGUGCGGCUUUCGGGGAGUUCAUCACUGCUCAGGUGAAGACUAUGAGCUUUCUGGCUUAUCUUCUUCGUCUCUACGCUCAGCAAUUGCAAGACUUCCUUCCAAAUCUACCCGAAAUCGUCGUUCGUCUCCUUCAGGAUUGUCCCCGAGAGAAGUCCGGUGCGCGCAAGGAACUGCUUGUUGCCAUCCGCCACAUCAUCAACUUCAACUAUCGGAAAAUUUUCCUUGACAAAAUCGACGAGCUCCUCGACGAGCGGACUCUCAUUGGUGAUGGCUUAACGGUGUACGAGACCAUGCGCCCCCUCGCAUACAGUAUGCUGGCGGAUUUGAUCCACCAUGUCCGAGAAUACCUCACCCGCGACCAGAUUCGACGCACCGUGGAAGUGUACACCAGAAACCUGCAUGACGAUUUUCCGGGCACAAGCUUCCAGACCAUGAGCGCGAAACUCCUCCUGAACAUGGCGGAGAAAAUAUCCAGGCUUGAGGAUAAGCGAGAAGCACGUUACUUCCUGAUUAUGAUCCUGGAUGCCAUUGGUGACAAGUUUGCUUCUAUGAAUCACCAGUUCAAAAACGCAGUCAAGGUCUCCAAAGCCAACAAGGAGCGGAAAGAGUCAGAGUCCAUCAGCGAGAAUUAUCUUGCAGACAAAGACCAUCCUCCGGACUGGGAUGAAAUCGACAUUUUCUCCGCGCCACCUAUCAAGACAACAAGUUCGCGUGAUCGUGGCGGCGAUCCUGUGGCAGAUAACAUCUUUCUUUUCCGAAAUCUCAUCAACGGCCUCAAGAACAUCUUCCAUCAGCUGAAGAACUGCAACCCGGAUGAUGUCCAGAUCGAUCCAAGCAGUGUACCCAUAAAUUGGUCUGAGGUUUCAUACGGAUACAAUGCCGAGGAGGUCCGAGUGAUCAAGAAGCUCUUUCACGAGGGAGCGCGCGUUUUCCGGUACUAUGGUGUCGACCAGUCUCCUCCUGAGGUGAACUACUCAUCCCCAUUCGAAUAUUUGGCGAGUCAGUACACUGCUCCUAUGUCGCGAGAAGAGAAGGAGCUUCUGGAGAGCUUUGGAACCGUUUUCCAUUGCAUCGACACUGCGACGUUCCAUGAGGUCUUCCACUCGGAGAUACCCUAUCUUCAUGAAUUGAUGUUCGAACACGGAGCUCUCCUUCACCUGCCGCAAUUUUUCCUUGCCAGCGAAGCAACCUCUCCAGCAUUUUCGGGCAUGGUCUUGCAGUAUCUUAUGGAGCGAAUCCAUGAGGUUGGAACGUCGGAUAUGACAAAGGCAAAGAUUUUGCUUCGCAUGUUCAAGCUCUCGUUCAUGGCUGUGACUUUGUUCUCUGUGCAAAAUGAACAAGUCCUUCAUCCCCAUGUGACAAAGAUCGUUACUAAAUGUAUCGAGCUCUCCGUUACCGCUGAGGAGCCUAUGAACUAUUUCCUCCUUCUCCGUUCCCUCUUCCGCAGUAUUGGAGGUGGCCGCUUUGAGCUCCUCUACAAAGAAAUUCUUCCUCUUUUGGAAAUGCUGCUGGAGACCUUUAACAAUCUGCUGCUAGCCGCUCGGAAACCACAAGAACGGGAUCUGUAUGUUGAGUUGACCUUGACAGUGCCUGCACGACUCAGUCACCUUCUCCCUCACUUGAGCUACCUGAUGCGCCCGAUUGUAGUGGCAUUGCGCGCCGAUUCUGAUCUUGUUGGGCAAGGUCUUCGUACACUCGAGCUUUGUGUCGAUAACUUGACUGCCGACUAUCUAGAUCCAAUCAUGGCCCCGAUAAUGGAUGAGCUGAUGACUGCUCUCUGGGAUCAUCUCCGACCUCACCCCUACAAUCACUUCCAUGCCCAUACGACUAUGCGCAUCCUCGGCAAGUUGGGCGGUCGAAACCGCAAGUUUUUGAACCAUCCACCAGAGCUGUCCUUCCAACAGUACUCGGAUGACAUUACCAGUUUUGACAUCCGAUUGAUUGGCCCAAGCGAGAAGCGACCCAUCCCUGCCGAAAUUGGAAUCGAUCUGGCUAUUGGCAAACUCAUGGAGGUGCCAAAGUCUGCUGCGACCAAGACAUCGGAUAUUUACUACAAGCAGCAAGCCUACCGCAUGCUGAGUGCUCAUCUCAAGCUCCUCAUUGGCUACGAGAAUCUUCCAGACGAUCUCGCGUCAUUGAUUCGACUGCAUGCUAAUGAUUUGUUUGAAGGCAAAGCUGCGGCAAUGGUUGAUAUCCUGGAGAAAUCUGAGAGAUCCGCUUCGAUCCCGAAGAAACUCGCUCAGGAGGUCACUGUGAAAAAGCUCUUGAAAGCAUGCAUCUUUGCCACUACGAUUCCUGAAAUUGAGCCGGCCGCCUCAGCCUUUGUGGCUGAUGUCUGCAAGCACCUCGCAGUAGUGGAGGUUGGCCGCGCUCUCGCGCAGGCCCGCCACAAUCGGAAGCCCUUCGAUGUUGCGAAUGGUGAUGGCCCUGUUUACCUGGAUUCAAGAAUUCUGGCCGAAGCGAUCGUGGAGACUCUCUCAUCCGACCACGCUCAUGUUCGCGAUGCAGCAGAGCAGGCUAUGCUUUACGUCAAAGAAGCUGCCGACAUAAUGUUUGGUGGUGCGGAAAAGGCGUCCAAGCUUCCAUUCUUCCAGCAUUUAGGCCGAGUCUUCUGCCACAGCUGCCACAGUGAAGAGUGGUUCUCCAAGGCUGGAGGAAGCCUGGGCAUCAAGCUCAUGGCCACGAAACUUGAUCUCGGGGACUCGUGGUUGUACGAACGCCUUCAUGAGUUCGCGCGUGCCCUCCUUUACGUGAUUAAAGACACUCCAGCCGAUCUGCCUGCCUCGACCAGGAUUCAGUCUCAGGAGACGAUGAAGUUGAUCUUGGAGCGGUGCGGCAAGCUGAUCCCCAAAGACGAUAUCAAAAACGAGAAGAGUCGUCUUUUCUCUCUCUGCGGAGUCUUUGUCUAUGAGCUUGCACAUAUGAACAAGCACGCUCGCGAGACCUCGAAGAUGUGCUUCGCGACACUCAAGUCUGAGCUGGGUUGCGAGAUUCACGAGCUCAUCCAUCCUGUCAGGGAUCGUCUUCUGCAACCUAUCUUCAACAAACCUCUGCGCGCGUUGCCUUUUGCGACACAGAUCGGUUUCAUCGACGCAAUCACAUAUUGUUUAACCCUGCAGAAUGAGAUCGUGACAUUCAAAGAGCCUCUCAAUAGGCUGAUGCUCGAGUCCCUGGCACUCGCUGAUGCUGACGACGAUUCUCUGGCUUCCAAGCCUAAUGAGUUCAAGAAUGCUGAGAUGAUCGCGAAUCUGCGCGUCGCUUGCCUGCGUUUGUUGUCCAAGGCCAUGAGCUUCCAAGAUUUCGCGAAUACUCCUCAGAACACGAGUCGCGCUCGAGUCAUUGCGGUUUUCUUCAAGUCACUUUAUUCACGUGCUCCUGAGGUCAUCGAAGCCGCGAAUUCAGGGUUGAAGGACGUCCUUACUCAAACCAACAAGCUUCCUAAAGAUUUGCUGCAGAAUGGAUUACGGCCCAUUCUUAUGAAUCUUCAAGAUCCCAAGCGCCUCAGUGUAGCUGGCCUUGAAGGGCUGGCUCGUCUUUUGACCCUUCUCACCAAUUACUUUAAAGUAGAAAUUGGUGCUCGACUUCUGGAUCACAUGAAAGUCAUUGCGGACGACAUGACUCUCCAAAAGGUCUCUUUUACUUAUGUUGAGCAAAACUCCGCGAUGAGGAUUGUGGCAGCAAUCUUCAACAUUUUCCACCUGCUUCCAGCCGCCGCCGCGUCCUUUAUGGAGCACCUUAUUGACAAGGUGCUUGUCUUUGAGAAGAAGCUGCGACGGACAUCACACAGUCCAUUCCGCAAGCCGCUCGUCAAGUAUCUGAACCGAUACCCAAAAGAAAGCUUGGCGUUCUUCCUGGCCCGAAUGAAGGAUGAAAACUACGGCCGUCUUUUCGGGCAGAUUUUGGCAGAUCCUGAAAGCGAUGCCCUCUGCAGUGCUGUUGUGGCCGACACUGAAAACUUCACGACUACAGUGUUUGGCUUAGAAAGCUCCGAUGGCAAGCGAAACACUGCUGCUCUCAAUGGCAUCUUCAUCGUCCACUCGAUCUGCGGCCACAGCUCAAACAAGCGCUGGCUGGUCUCUCAAUCGGAUCUGAGGGGCAAACUUCUGGCUUUCGGACGGGAGCUUGAGAAGAAGUUACGGGACGAUGUCCUUCCUCCCAAUGAGCGACUUCGUGUGGAACAGGCCGAGGAUCAGUUGAUGGAUGUUUUCACCACGUACCUCGCCGAGGCCCCGAACGAUCUGGAUUAUCUCUUCGAGAUCAUCGAUGGAUUAUGCGCUGGUGAACUCAAGCCUACGCUGGCACUGCCCCAAUUCAUAUUCAAACACAUCAUCGUGAACGAGUCGAUUGACUACAGAAGGUCUGUCAUCAUGCGGUGCCUUGAACUUUAUUGUCAGCGCACUUGUUCCCACAAGGCCAAGACAUACGCCUUCCGGCAUCUUGUUAAUCCAAUAUUCGCUAUGGACGUUCAACUUUCCUGGAACAACCCUCCGAAUGCACCGAAGUUGAUGGACAAGAGCAUGAAUGAAACUAUUCACAGACGCCUGUGGAUUCCUCAGCCGAUCGACAUAGACGAGGAGUAUCGUCAGCCUGGAUCGGAUCAUUCCCGCAUGGAGGUGUUACAGUUGUCGGCCUUGUUGAUCAAAUAUCAUCACCAGACGGUACAAGAUUCUCGCAAGGACAUUAUCAAAUGUGCGUGGAAUUGUAUGCGUGUCGAAGAUAUCAUCAACAAGUAUGGUGCCUAUGUGCUCAUCAGUUACUUCAUCGCGCAUUACGAGACCCCCUUCAAGAUCGUCAUUCAGGUGUAUGUGGCUUUAUUGAGGGCUCAUCAGAAUGAAGGACGGGCUCUUGUCACUCAGGCUCUCGAUGUGUUGGGCCCCGUCCUUCCAGCGAGAUGUGCCGGCAAUCAAGGUCCUGAGCCGCGAUAUCCAAUCUGGGCCAAAUGGCCGCGACGUAUUCUUGCUGAGGAGACUGCAAAUCUGCAGCAAGUCAUGUGCGUCUUCCAGUUUUUGGUACGGCAACCUGAUCUCUUCUUCGAGUCUCGGGAGCAUUUCGUGGCUUUGAUUGUCCCGUCGUUGAUCAAAAUUGCCGGUCCACCGAACGCAUCCAAUGACAGCAAAAAGCUGGCACUCAACCUCAUUGACCUCAUCUGGCACUGGGAACAGAAACGUGUUGAGUUGGCGGGCCCAACCCCAAUCGUGACAAACGCUACUCUUGAUUCCCCUGAGGUAAAGAAGCGCAAGCUCAGAGAACUAGAGACGGCAUCCGCAUCACCAUCUCUUGGCCCGCCCCCUAGCCGAGAGAGAGUGGAGUACAUUGUUCCACUCGAACUGCGCGGUGCUCUUAUCAAAUACCUAAUCACCUUCAUUACCACAAUUCCUGAGCGCUUUACCGUACCAGCGGCUCGGAUCCGUCAACUGAGCACCAACAAGCAGCCGGCUCCGCCUGCUGUGCCGACUGGAGAAAUGAUCAACAAGGCCGUCAGCCUUCUGCGGAAUCUUCUCUCGAAAGACUAUUGGGGAGACCUCGAUAUCGACCUUUACCAAAAAGUCAUAGAACCUAUCCUCGCGGGAGAAAAGUCUGAUAAACCUGAGGAGCAACAAGUCACGCCGAUGGUAAAUGCUCUCCAGGUUGUGCGUGUCUUGAUCGCAGCCAAGCCGGAUGAAUGGAUCACCGCUCGUCUUUCCACCGUUCAAAAGCUGCUUGAGAAACCUCUAAAGUGCGAUCACCCAGAAAUUCAAGAUUGUUUGCAUGGCCUUGAAGAUGAGAUGGAAAUCUCACCGAAACUGGCACCCCCCGUCCGUCGUGUCCUCGAGGCUAUUCCUGACGACCAACCUGAAGACGAAGACGCCAUGGAGACUGAAAGUACCCCAUCAGAGUUUGCGACAUUUUUAUCCACAAUUGCUGCGGAGACGCUCUCGGCCAGCAACUAUACCGCUGCCUUGAACACCCUCUGGACCUUGUCCAAGCUAAAACCUGCUGAAAUUGAUUCACACAUACCUGCAGUGAUGAAGGCAUUCUCGCAAAAGCUUGCCAAGGAUCAUGUCGCAGCUUCCACCCCGCAGAAUGGACAACAGUCUCCCCAGGGUCAGAAACCUGCCGAAGGCCUCCCGGAUCAGCAAGAAGUCGAACUCGGAGUAGACCUGAUACUCAAGACCAUUGAAUUGAUCGCUGUUCGAAUGUCUCACUUGGGUGACCAGCGAAGACCUUUCCUCAGUGUGUUGGCUUCGGUUGUCGAGCGGUCUCAAAACAUCAAAUUGUGCAGCAAAGUCUUGCAGAUGGCUGAAGAGUGGAUAUUCCACUCAACUGAGUCGUGGCCAACUUUGAAGGAAAAAACAGCUGUCUUGCAUAAGAUGCUGCUCUUCGAGUCUCGUUCUGACCAAACGAUGCUCAAGAAGUUCCUCGAUCUUGUGAUUCGUAUCUACGAAGACUCUAAAAUCACACGCACUGAGCUCACCGUGAGACUCGAGCACGCAUUUUUGAUUGGUACUCGGGCUCAAGACGUUGAGAUGCGCAACCGAUUUAUGAGCAUUUUCGAUAAGAGUUUGACUCGUCUUGCCAGCUCUCGACUGAGCUAUGUUUUGACUUGCCAAAAUUGGGAUACCCUUGCAGAUUCCUUCUGGCUGGCUCAAGCCUCUCACUUGCUUCUUGGAUGCGUUGACAUGAACACUCCAGCUCGACUGCACUCGGACGAUUUCACUGUGUAUCCGAUUUCCUUCCUUUUAGCAGGCGGCGAGAAGGACACUAGAAAGGCCGAUGUUGUUGUCGACAACUCUCUGGAAAGCUUUGUCGCCGAACGUAGGACUUUCAUGUCCGAGGUCGGUGAUGUAAGGGUGCGGGAUCUUAUUGAACCCCUGUCCCAGUUACAGCACACCGACCCUCAAGUGUCUUACAAAUUAUGGAUUACACUUUUCCCGAUAUUCUGGUCGACUCUAACCAAGGAUGACCGAAUCGACCUCGAAAAGGGCAUGGUCACACUGCUCACCAGGGAGUAUCACCAACGGCAGUUGGACAAGCGACCCAAUGUGGUGCAGGCUCUUCUUGAAGGCGUCGUACGUGCCAGUCCGCGCUUCAAAGUCCCCCCUCAUGUGAUGAAGUACCUCAGCCGGACCUACGACUCCUGGUACACAGCUGCUACCUAUCUGGAGGAGAGUGCCAUUAAGCCAAUCAUUGACACGCCCACCGUUCGUGAAAGUAACCUAGAUGCUCUGGUUGAGGUGUACGCGGGUUUGCAGGAGGAUGACUUCUUUUAUGGCACGUGGCGACGCCGCUGCAAGUUCGUCGAAACCAAUGCAGCUUUGUCUUACGAGCAACAGGGCAUGUGGGAUAAGGCUCAGCAGCUUUAUGAGAAUGCACAGAUCAAGGCUCGUUCUGGAGCGAUGCCAUUUUCACAAGGUGAAUAUUUUGUGUGGGAGGAUCAUUGGCUCAUCUGUGCUGAAAAACUUCAGCAAUGGGAAAUUCUAAGUGACUUUGCCAAGCACGAGAACUUGAACGAUCUACUGUUGGAGUCAGCUUGGAGAAACAUCGAGAACUGGCAGAGUGAAGGCACUCGCGAGCAAUUGGAAUCCUUGAUCAAAUCUGUUUCAGAUGCUCCGACUCCUCGGCGCACCUUUUUCCAGGCUUUUAUGGCGCUGCUGCAGUACCAUGUGAAGAAGGAGAAUAUGCAAGACUUCAACAGCGUCUGUGACGAGUCCAUUCAACUCUCGAUCCGCAAAUGGUUGCAACUACCCAAGCGAAUCACCAAUGCUCACAUUCCCAUCUUGCAGCACUUCCAGCUGCUUGUGGAAUUGCACGAUGCAAGCCACAUUUGUGGCAGCCUGUCUCAGACAAAUGAAAGAAACUUGGAUACGAAGUCUGCCGAACUGAAACUUCUUCUUGGGACAUGGCGCGAUCGUCUCCCGAAUUUGUGGGACGACAUCAACGCUUGGCAAGACCUGGUCACUUGGAGACAACACAUUUUCCAGCUCAUUAACCAGACAUACCUGAGUCUGCUCCCUCCGCAGACUAACAAUGUGGCCAGCAACUCGUAUGCCUAUCGUGGAUAUCAUGAAACAGCUUGGAUUAUCAACCGCUUUGCUCAUGUCGCUCGCAAACACCAGAUGCCCGAAGUUUGUAUCAAUCAACUCAGCCGCAUCUACACGCUUCCCAAUAUUGAAAUUCAGGAAGCGUUCCUCAAGCUUCGUGAGCAGGCUAAGUGCCAUUACCAGAAUCCAAAGGAGCUCAAUAGUGGACUGGAUGUGAUCAACAAUACCAAUCUCAAUUACUUUGGUCCACAGCAAAAGGCGGAGUUUUACACGCUGAAGGGCAUGUUCUUGGCCAAACUCGACCAUGUCAACGAGGCCAACGAGGCCUUCGGUGUGGCCCUUUACUACGACCUUCGACUUGCCAAGGCCUGGUCUGAAUGGGGCCAGUACAGUGACCAGCGGUUCAAGUCAGACCCGUCAGAUUACGAAUUGGCAAGCAAUGCAGUCAGCUGCUAUCUAGAAGCUGCCGGCCUGUACAAAAGCGCUAAGUCUCGCAAGCUCCUCAGUCGCAUUCUCUGGCUUCUGAGUCUUGACAACGAUGAGGGGCAAAUUGCCAACGCCUUCGAGAAUUUCAAGGGUGACACUCCUGUUUGGUAUUGGAUUACCUUCAUUCCGCAACUGCUCACCAGUCUGUCUCAUCGCGAGGCUCGUCUCUGCAAAGCGGUCUUGGUAAAGAUUGCCAAGCUCUACCCACAGGCGCUCUUUUUCCUCCUGCGGACUAACCGGGAAGACAUGUUGACCAUCAAGAAGCAACAUGACCAAAAGCAAGAAAAGAUCAUCAAGGCUCGUCAGCAGGCUCAGCAGCAAUUGCAGCAACAGCAGGCAUCUUCACCUGGAAUCAAGCCACCUGCAGCCGGCGAGACAGCUGGCCAGAACCCACAAGCCCCGACAGCUUCUCCUGCUGGGCAACCCGCCAACUUGCCGACGGCCAAAUCUCCGGCACUUCCAACACAAGCUCAAUCGCCUGCGCAACCUUCAAAUGGUCAGGUUCAGGCUUCUCCGCGUCCAGUCCCAGGACAGGUCCCAGGUCCCGCUCCUGGCCAACAGCAGGCGCAGGUACAACAGCCCCAAGGCCAUCUGCAAGUGCCUGGUCAACCCGGGGUUACCCAGCCAGUUCCCAGCGCCGGGUCCGCGGAGGCAUCGGAAAAGGAGACCCUUCGAAAGCCUUGGGAAUACUCGGACGAGAUAAUGUCUGGCUUGAAGACUGCUUUCCCCUUGCUUGCUCUCUCGAUGGAGACAAUGGUCGAUCAAAUUCACAAAAAUUUCAAAUGCCCACCAGAUGAAGAUGCAUACCGCCUCAUUGUUGCACUUUUGAACGACGGUCUAGCAUAUGUUGGCCGCAUGCCAGGCUCAUAUGCUCAAGACUUCAAGCUCCCUCCGGCGACUGAAGCCAACAUCACCCGUUUCGCAGAGACCAUCCUCCCAGCGCACAUUCGCAAAUCUUUCGAAGCAGACUUCGUCGUUAAGAAGCCAACCAUGUACGAGUACAUACAGAAGCUGCGUCGUUGGCGUGACAAGUUUGAGGAAAAGCUUGACCGGCGGCCUCAGUCGGGCUUCCUGGAAAGUUAUUCGCCACACCUCAGCGAAUUCCGCUUCCUCAAGUUCGAUGAAGUCGAAGUGCCUGGACAGUACCUCCUUCACAAAGACAAAAAUCAAGACUUUGUCCGCAUUGACCGCUUCUUGCCUGAUGUGGAUCUAGUACGUGGCAUUGGUGUUUGUCACCGUCGCUUGAAGAUCAGAGGUCACGAUGGCAGCAUUCAAGCCUUUGCGGUUCAACAUCCCGCGGCCCGUCAUUGUCGACGUGAAGAGCGUAUCCUGCAGCUUUUCCGCAUCUUCAAUGGAUUGCUCGCCAAGCGCAAGGAGAGCCGUCGCCGGAACCUCUACUUCCACCUCCCGCUGAUGGUACCAUUGGCACCACACAUUCGUCUUGUGCGGGAUGAUUCGUCGUACAUCUCUCUCCAGGGUAUCUUCGAAGAUUACUGCCGGCGGGUUGGAAUCAACAAGGAUGAGCCAGUGUUGUUCACCAUGGAUCGUAUGCGGUCCUUGGCGGAAACAAAGCAGAACCGCACGGCGGAUCAGCAGCAAAUCCUUCGGACAGAGAUCUUGACGGCAAUUCAAGAGAAAUGGGUACCCAGCACCGUUGUCUUGAAUUACUUCCAGAACACAUACCCCAAUUUCGCCGACUUCUGGUUGUUCCGGCGUCAAUUUGCCUACCAGUACGCGGCCGUGGCAUUCAUGACCUAUGUUAUGCACAUCGGCAACCGAUACCCCAACAAGAUUCUUGUGUCACGCUCAACGGGCGAUAUCUGGGGUGCUGAGCUGAUUCCGACUAUCAACCCUGCCAAGGCGAUCUUUUACAACCCUGAGCAGGUUCCCUUCCGCUUCACACCCAAUAUCCAAACUCUGCUCGGUCCUAUUGCUACGGAGGGACUUUUCGCUUGUGCCAUCAUGGCUAUUGCCCGAUGCCUGACUGAGACUCGACAUGAGCUUGAGCAGCAGCUCAGUGUCUUCGUGCGCGAUGAGAUGGUGUUCUGGUCGACGGCCCAGCACCGUGGGAACCUCGCGGUGCCUCAGCUACGCGAGCUGGUUUACAACAACAGCGAAAUAAUUGUGAACCGCGCCGUCAGCCUUGCCAGCCCACCUGAAGGCAACCUGCCCGCAAACCAGACCACGAUCGAUUUGAUCUCCCGGGCUGUCAAUCCACAGCAUCUGGCUUCCUGUGAUGCAUUGUGGAUGCCUUAUCUGUAG